GGCACCUCCACUGAAAGCCAACAUCUUAAUUUCAGCGCAACCGGAGUUGUUUCAGUUUUCGCAGCUCAUGACGACGCCGUUUUGCGUCCCUCUUAGGCGGAAAUGAGAGGGUUGAAUGGCGGAGGAGUUAGCAUUUGGCGGAAGUGGAGCAUAUUGGCUAGGAAUUCACGGGCACGCCAUUCUUGUACCAAAUUGUUCGUCGGUGGGCUUUGCUAUGAUACAAAUGAACCUGUUCUUAAGGAUGCUUUUGGAAAGCAUGGUGAAAUAAUUGAAGUUAAAGUUAUAUGCGAUCAUGUGAGUGGGAAAUCAAAAGGAUAUGGGUUUGUGAAGUUUACAUCUGAAACUGAAGCCAGCACUGCUCUAAAAGAAAUGGAUGGUCAGUUACUGGAUGGCAGACAGAUCCGCUUGGAAUUUGCACACAAGGGGUGCUUGGUCACUCUUCUCUAUGGUUUGGUCAAUAUUUCCAUGGAGUUCAGUGGUGAAGUCUUAUACCUUCUAAUUUUGUUGGAUUGAAUUCUUUUAUUAGUGGCUGUGUAUUCUUUGGCAACUAGUUGUUGUUUCUCAUCUGCAUGCUAGUUAUGCAUGCCUUUAUACAAAUUAUCCAAAUUUUCAUGUACAAAACAUUGCCUGUUAUAUACUUAACGAAACCGGGGACAUAUGGUAUUCUUGGAAGGUUAAUUGUUUUUAGUAUGAAUACUUGUUUUAGGCUUUAGUCCCGACGGUCAUGUACAUGUGUCUUAUUAAUUGCUCUAUUUGGUAAGAUACUUAUUGUAAGGGAGUAUUAAUUGUGGCUGCACAUCAUAACUUUCAAUCAUCUGCUCCUAUGAAUAUUUGUAUUGAAUAAGUAGGUAUUGCGAUUGCCCAACUGUCUCAAAUCAAAUCUCCAUGCUCCUUUUUUUCUGGGUUAACUUGCUAUUCGAUAUUGUCAUUUAAACACCUUCUCUAUGAACCUAUUUCUGCAAGUUCCUGUGCCCAACUUUAUGCACUUAAUUAUGGUAGCUUAUGGUUGAGCCCUGCACAAAUUAAGUUGCUUAUGGAUGCUUAAGUAUUCCAGACUAAUAUAUGUUUUUAAGGAUUUUCAUCUUCCUUUCAUAAAAAAAAAAAAAGGAUCAGCAUCCUGAAUUUACUGCUGUGUCACAUGUUAGAUCGUUGAUAUCAAGAGUUGUUGCUUCGUUGAGCAGGUAAAGGUGGAUUGGUAUGCUGGCGUUUCCCUUAUCAUGGAACCAGCAAGUUCAAAUCUGAUUAGUUUUCUUGUUCUUGCAGUAGUUUGGUAAUAAUCUUAUAUAUGAAAAGUAGUUUGUUUGUUUG